AAUACGCAUUUGAUCAAGUUAAACAAACAUGCAUGCCAAUUAAGUUACUAGUAAUCACAUUUUGAAAUAUAGACUUACUACGUAAUUCACAAGGGAAAAAAAUGAAGCUAAUUCAGGUUACUAGUAUUGUAGUCAUAAUGCUCAUCUUGGCACUAAGCCAUUUGGGUCAAUCUCAUGCUCGUUCUGAAAAGGGGGAAUCAAAUUCGGGUCGUGGUUAUGGUGCUGCUCAAGGGCCUAAGGGUCGCGGUUUUGUUCCUCCUAUUACGUCUAGUCCUCCUCCUCUGAGUCCUCCUAGCCCUCCUCCUCCUAGCCCUUCUACCCCUACUACAACUACUUCUGGUUUGAAGGUCGGUUUCUAUGAAGGUCUAUGCCCUAACAAACUAGAUGAUAUUCAGGCAAUCCUCACCCUAAAGGUUCAAGAGCUUUUCCGAAAGAACUCUACUAUUCUUCCUGCCCUCCUCCGCUUGCAAUUUCAUGAUUGUUUUGUUCAUGGAUGUGACGCAUCCAUCCUUAUAGAUGGGCCUUCUUCCGAGAAAGCAGCAGGUCCCAACCUUAGCGUAAGAGGUUAUGACGUUAUCGAUGCCUUGAAAGAUAUUGCGGAAGCACAAUGUCCAGGCGUUGUUUCAUGUGCUGACAUUAUUGCAAUUGCUACCAAAGAAGUUAUCAAGAUGGGAGGUGGUCCAGACUAUCAAGUAGAAACAGGGCGAAGAGAUGGAUUGGUGUCUAAAUCCGAAGAUGUGAAUCUUCCAAGUCCAUCCUUGACGGUGAGUCAAAGCAUUUCAGAAUUCAGCGCUAAGAAGUUUACACCAGAAGAAAUGGUCAUUCUUCUAGGUUGCCACUCUGUAGGUAUCUCACAUUGUCAAUUCUUUGAAGCUAGACUUUACAAUGAUACUACCCAAUUUGACCCGUUAAUGGACCCAACGCUUCGCAAUCAACUAAAGCAAACAUGCCCCAAAAACGCGAAUUCGAACAAUGUGGCGUUUCUUGAUCAAAACCCACAAAGCUCCAACAUACUUGACAACUCUUUCUUUGAUCAAAUCGUUAAGCAAAGAGGUAUUCUUCCAAUUGACCAAGACUUGGCUCGUGAUCCUCAAACGAGUGCCUUUGUUCUACAGUUUGCUGGAGAUCGUUCCUUAUUCAACAACAAAUUGGCCAGUGCCAUGGUCAAACUGCAGGCGCUUGAUGUCCUUACCGGCAGCAAAGGCCAGAUUAGAAAAACUUGUAGUAGAAUCAAUUAACUAACCAUCCUAACGGGCCGGGCUUAAAGCUGAAGCCCAGCUGUUUUACAAGUCAACUAACGAACUUUAUUUUGGUACAUUCUUUUGUGUUUAUUAACUUGAUGCGUUGGAAUAAUGUAUUUUGUAAAAGCUUAAUUUUGUUAGUGGCCUCAGCUCGCAACAUAUAUAUUGUACGGAGUAUUAAGCUGUGAUAUGGUUGUGAAGUAGGCUGCCAAAAUGGCAGCUUUGAGUUUGUUUUUUUGUUGAAUGAAAUCUCAAUGCAACAACAUAACCUUAGCUUUGAUACUUGUAUGGAGUAUUUGUCUUUCAUUAUUCCAUGCACUUUAUUGCCAUUAGUUAUACUAUACUACUUCCUCCGUCCCAAAA